CUGUCAUGCCUUUCGAGAGAUUCGUACAAACUGGUCGCAUUGCCAAGGCCUCGGCCGGCCCCUUGAAGGGUCGCCUGGUGGCCAUUGUCGACGUCAUUGACCAAAACAGAGUUUUGGUUGAUGGUCCUCUGACCGGUGUUCCACGUCAGGAAUACAGAUUGAACAAUCUGCAUCUGACCAAAUACCGCAUCAAGUUCCCCUUCACCGCGCCCACGCGUAUUGUGCGCAAGGCCUGGACAGAGAGCGACCUGAAGGCCCAGUGGAAGGUCAGCCCCUGGUCCGUCAAGGCACAAAACAUCUGCAAGCGCUCACAAUUGAACGAUUUUGACCGCUUCAAGCUGCGUUAUGCCAAGCGCCAGCGCAACAAGCUGCUGACCAUUGCCUUCAACACACUGAAGAAGCGCACCAAGUUCGACGGUACUCCCCGCAUCCUGAAGAAGGAUCGCCGCGAGCGUCUGCGUGCCGAGAAGGCCAAGGGUGGCAAGAAGGCAGCGCCCAAGAAGUAAACAAAAUAAUUUAACGAAAGUAACUGCUUGAUGAACAUCCACCACCAAUGGAGAAAAUAAAAGAAAGUGUUAUUUUUAGGA